UGAAUUGAGUUGAAGUAAAACGAAAAAUUGCAUUUACUCAAAAUGACAACUUCCAGAGAACAGAAAGCCUAUUUUUAUGCUUUUUUCUGUUUCAGUGGUGCAAUGCGCAGAUGAUCGACAUCACAUCUUUAACAACUCCUGUUAUCUCUUUGUUACUUAUCCUGAAGUGACGUGGAGUACUGCUCAGCAUAUAUGUGAGGGCAUCAAAGCUAAUCUCGCGUCUGUAUUGUCAGCUGACGAAGAACGCUUUGUCAUUAGUUAUCUACGAAAAACGCCUGAAUAUCGCACCAGUUCUCUUUACUGGCUUGGGGGCAAACUUGAAAAAACCUCGGGGUUUUCGUGGAUAGAUAACAGUCGAGUAGAAUAUGUUGGAUGGCUGCCAGAUCAGAAACCAUUGGAAAACCUGAGGAAAGGAAACGAAACUGCCAAAUGUUUAGGUGUUCAGUGGACGCCAUCACCAACACCAACGCUGCCCAGUGGUCUCUAUUGGAAAUCUAAAAGAUGCAACUCCAUCGGCGGUUAUAUCUGUAAACGUGCCAAUCUAGAACCAGGUGUUGGUAUCAACUUCAACAGAACUGUUAACGGCUCAGAAGGAACGAUAACUUCACCGAAUUACCCUGGAAACUAUUACAAUAAUUUGGAUAUGACUAUAGCAAUUAUCGGACCAAAAAGAACCAGACUAGUAAUCAAAUUUGAAAGAAUAGACGUUGAAGCACAAAUGGAAUGCCUCUACGACUAUAUUGACUUGAGGAGUUUACACGGAAAUGGUAAAGAAACAAGUAAUGCAAUAAAACUGUGUGGAAGUCAUGACGUGGAUAUGCAUCGAUUCGAUUAUGUUUCAGAAACAAAUCAGAUCAUUUUGAAAUUCCAUUCAGAUUAUUCGAUAUCUGGCUCGGGGUUUUCAUUGAAAUGGCAUUCUGUAGAUGUUACAUUCUGUCCCAUGCAAACGCUCACUGCCAAAGAAGGCUUCGUAACAAGUCCCAACUAUCCAGAUUUUUUAUUGCCAAAUUUGAACUGUACCUUAAUCAUGCAAGCACCCUAUGGGCACAAAGUCUGGUUCGAGUUUUUAAAAAUUGAUAUGGGCGAAACCCUCGAUGAAGAAAACUCCAAAGCAGCUGGGAAAACUUUUUUAGAAAUGCGACUUGGAAGUGACAUGGAUUUUUUUCGUCCAUUCUCAAUUCCUAAUCUUCUAACGGAAGGUAGUUUCCUCUCGUAUGACGAAACUAUGCAGAUAAGGCUUCAUUCUGGGGUGAAAACUGGAGCAAUCGGUUUCAAAGCACAUUAUAAAAUGGUGAAUAUAUUACAGGAAGAGAAGAAUGUUUUCCUCCAUAACGAUACUUCGGGUAUAUUACUGCAUUUGAAUUAUCCGGAAAGUCCCCAGACCAAAGUGGAUUUUAUGCAACACUUCAUAGCACCCUUAGGAUUCGUAAUUUCGCUCGAGCUUUAUCAUCUUAAGCUUACCAAUACCGAAUGUUACGAGGAUAACGGUCUAUUGGAAAUUUACGAUAACUAUGCUGAUAGGAAUGGAACUAUUUGGAAACUUUGCUACGAUCCACCUACCCCGAAUGCUAUAAUUCCGAUUAACAGAUUAGAAAUUACCUCUUUCUUUAACACAAUACACCUCAGACAAAUCAGUGGAAGAAACAGCGGCAUCAGCUUGAAUGGAAGUAUAAAAAUACAGCCGGAUGAAGAGUUCAAAACGAAGAUACUGAAGUUCAAGAACGAAGUGGAAUCUUGCAGUCCUAAUCCUUGCAGGCAGGGCGGAAAAUGUAUCAGUAAGGAGGACAGGAGAUACUGCGAAUGUGCUGGACAUUUCACAGGAAUAUUUUGCGCCCUAACGAAGUGCGAUCUGGAUCCUUGCGUGUUCGGCACCUGCGAACUGACCUCAACCGCUUAUAAAUGCCAUUGUCAAGAGGGAUAUUCAGGUCCAACCUGCGAACAGAAGAGAAGACCCUGUGAAGGAAAUCCAUGCGAGAGUAGAGGACUGUGUAUGGAAAGAGGAGAGGGUUUUAUCUGCAGGUGCCACGCCUGGUGGGAAGGACCAAGAUGUGAAAGAAGAAUGCUUCACAUUCCCUACAAACCGCUCAGUGAAAGGAUGCUUCAUGAACCCUUUUGGUUAGGCCUGAUGACAGUUUUCGUGGUCAUGGCUGUAAUUGGAUUAGUAUGGUGCGCGAAGAGACAUUUUCCUGAGAAAAUUGAAAAACUUUUAGCCGAAGAGAAUGAACGGAAUAGGAGUACAAUGUCCUCGUUGAGGAGUGCCUCAGUACGAGAACAACUGGCGGCAGCUUCAACGACUGGUUCUGGCCAAGGCUCUGUAACAGUGACUCCAAAUCCAGGUCCUGGAGCUCCACGUUCGCUAUUUGGCCGCCUCGGUAUUCGCAAGCCGUCAAUCCUCAGCCUGACCAGUCCACACGCCAGUUCAGGCUACUCGCCAGCUACUGCUAGAACCUUUAGUUUGGACGAUUUGCUAAAACCUCUCCCUAGACGAACCCCGUCUCCCAAGAAGAAACGAAAUAAUUCAACUCCCACAAAAAAGAAUGCAGCAGAGAAGAAGCAAAUUCUGCAACAACUAGUAUCGCCCAAUAGUAAGCAAUUAUCUAGAAAAGUAAGUUUAGGUGAGCUUAUGCAAAUGAAUGAAAGAAAUCCUGGUUACUGCGCAGCAUCAGAAGAUGAACACCAUUUAACAGUUAAAGAGACAAAGUUCAUCGAAAACGAUACAACGCAAUCCGUUUUGAAUGAUCCGAAAUUAGAGAAAAAAGUGCACUUUGCAAGACUUUUAAACAAAGUAUCUGCCGAGAUGAGCUCUGGUUCAGAAAUGGAACUGGGUAUCAUGCAGAAUAAUAAACUUGGUUGUGGAUUUAUGAGACCAUCUAGCACUCCACCGUCCCCGUGUAUAGACACCAGAUCACCGAACAGUACGUCGAGUAAUCAAGGUAGUGAUUCCUUCAGCUCUGACUUAGCUAUUCCCAGUGCUCUGAGCUCCAGUAUUUCAGAUUUGCUCAUCAGAAGACAUUGCAGCAAGUUGCCGAAUGGUAGACAAAAGCCAACUAGUGCUGAUUCAAUUCUAGCAAUGUUUAGAAACUUUUCAUCAAGCUCUGCUGGUGCUAAUCUUCCUCCUUCAUUGAAAGUGUCUCCAUCAACCACUCCCACCGCUUCUAGUCCUCAGGAUGAUAUUGUUGGAGACGACGAAUCUUCAACAUCCUCCAUUCACACCCCAGUGUCAUUUUCUAGCGGUGCACCCGAAAGCCCUGUUCCAUAUGCGCACAAUCCUCAAAGCACAAUCGAAAUUCCUGUAUUAGAUUCACUCAGCGCACACAAAUUCCCAAGUAGUGGAAGUAAUUUGUUGCAUCCUCCCACUAUUUUGUUGGAAAUACCUAGCACAAUCAAUAAGUGCCUUUCUCCAAUAAGGGAGUUGCCAACUCCUCUUCCUACUCCGAUGCCAUCGCCUGCAUUGACUCCGAUCAUGCGUAGAAGUGCAGCGAAUUCUUCUAUAGAAGACAACGACUUGAGUGACGAUAAGAUAAGCGUUGAACUGCCAAAUAUUUCAAUAAGCUGUAGUGACGACGAUGAAGAUGAUAUGCAUUGCAGCCCUGAUAUAAACGUGGACCUUCAAGCUGAAGAUGGACUCAUUGUUGAAGAAGUUGCUGUAAUGCAACAGAACAUGUAUAAAACUAAGACUCGACCGCCACCUCUGGGACAAACUUCCGAUUCAAACCAAGAAACUAGGGCUACCGAAAUUGUGAUUCCUACUUUGAUGAUAGAAACUCCUUCCCCAACAUAUUGCCAUUCUCCCUCCAUAUAUUUUCCGGGUUCUCCACCUCCUCACAAAUCUGAUGGAACUAACCGUUUUCAGUUCCCACCUGCAUCGAAACAACAACGAAAAUUGUUAAAGGAAUUCGAUAAACCAACUUCCCUCGAUCUUCCGUGCGGUCCACCAAUGAUCACCAUCACCUGUAACAUGAGUGAAGCUGAGUCAGACGCUGAGUCAAUAUCUCCUGCUGUUAAGAAUUCACUACAUCUGGGGGCAAGCAAAACAGGAAUGACUUAUUUGAGUCCAUUUUCUAUGGGAACUCGCGGAGAACAACACGCAUCUGAAUCUAAUCUUAGUUCUUCUGGAUACAGCUCUAUGGCAAGUCCUGGACCAUCAAGAUGUGGCUCAAGCAAUCCCUUAUGUCCAUCUGAAAUGGAAGAUCAAGGUCCUCCUGGCUCUGGCCAUUCUCACCGGAGACCUUCUCCAAUUUUGAAAACGAGUCCUCAUCACCCAGAAUGUGAUGGAAGCAAUUUGGAAAAUAAUGUGAACGAAGAACAACAGCGUAGAGGUAGAUCAGACUCUGAAACUUUAUCGGAUGAUCCAUUGAUAGAAUCGAAUGACGAAGGCAUUAGCACUGACCAUUUAGAAGAGAAAAUCGAAGAAGGGAAGGUGAAAAGUGCCAAAGACUUGGAAAUGCUGAUGAGUUGUGAAAGUGGCGAUGUUACCCAAGUUUUAAUCGACCUAUCUGAUAUAGUCAUACCUGUUCCAGUAAUACCCAAGUGCAAAAGUAUAGACAAUGUUACAGAAAAAAAUAUUCCGUGUUCGUCAAGUUCAAAAAACUUACUUCAAUUACCUUCAAUAGUAGUACAGUGCGACGAAAAACAUUUGAGCCCUAUGAGUUCGCGAAGCGAGAGCCCACUAAGUGAUCGGACUAGUAGAUUUUCGCCAGAUUUUUAUGGAAAAAAUAGAGACCUUUUAUCCUUCACCGAUUCUGAUGGAUUGUACGACUUUCAGAGUAGUGGAAAUAGUACAUCAUCAACUAUCAUUCCGAUGAAGAAAUCCGGUAAGAGGAGAGAGAAAAAAGUAUUGAGGAACUGUAAGACGCCGAGUCCUACAAAAACGAUACACACAUCAUCUUCAUUACAUCAUCAUUUGGACAUACCUACUAAGGAAUCCAAGAUACCACCACCACGAAAGCUGAGUCCAAAACGUAGAAUUACAAGAAAUCCAGUUAUUUCAUCUUCAUCCAGCUCGGAUAGUGUUACGUCAACUAAAGACGUCAAACUAUCUUCUUCCAGUCCUAGUACGGAUACAAUACGGUGGUCAUCUUCGACAGACUGGAUGGAUUUCAAGAAAUCUAAAUGUUUAGAUGUAGUUAACUCUCCAGAAGAUAUAUCUGAAGAAACAAUGCCAAAGUCACAAGAACUGAAGAAAUGUCAGAAGCUAAGUAAACUGAGAGCCAUCAGUCAUCAAAUCAGAUUCCUAAGAAGAUUAGAAACUAGUUUGAAACAUAGAGAUCGAUCAGGGAGCCCAUCUGACAGCUUUGAUAGCGAGGGAGAAGAUUCUCCCAAGGCCACGUCGCCUCUUUUACAACACAGGAGUCCAAGACACGAAAUAAGAAAAAGCAGUAGUAUUGGUAAGUUGUCGGCUCAAGGAAGUAACAGGAGCAGAAGAGCCAAGUACAAAAGAGGAGAACUGUUAUCACCGCGACAGGAUUCGUGGAAAAUGGUUGUAACAACUGGAAAUGGACAUUCUGAUUAAGUGGAAUUACUAAACGUAAUAGUCCCACCAGGUUUAAGUUCAUUCAAUUACAUUUGGAUGAAGUGAUCAGGUUGAAAUUUAUGUUGUAUGAUAUGAUGAAUAGUUUUCUCACCUGGUGAGUCAUAUGAUUUUUCACUUAGUUAACUGAACAGUCACGAUAUUUUUAUUAAAAUCAUGUCAAACUUUAUUACUGC